UUAGCCAUUGCUAGCUGGUCCGUCCAACUGCCUCUGCCGCCUCCAUCCAUCUCCCACCCCGCCGGCGAUGCUGUUGUACACCGUCCAGUUCCUCUGCUCCGUGGUCGCUGCCUUCGCCCGCCUCGUCCGCGCCCUCCGCAAGGCCAUGGCAUCCGUCCUCUGCUCCCCGCCGGUCUCCCUGCCCGCCACGACCUCCCCUGCGUCCGCGCCGCUCUCCAUGCGGAGGAAGGCGCACCCGGCUCUCAGCGUCACCGUGGGGGAUGCGCUGCGUGAGCGUGACCAGAGGGAGGCCAGGGAGCAGCUGCUGAUUGCGCCGGCGGUGGAUGCUUUUGCGGCGUGCAACGGCGGUGGUGGCGCCGCGCAGCAGGUCGAAUCCGCGAAGAAGACGGCGCGGGGUGCGAGGAAGAGGCCGUCGAUGCUGGUCAUACCCGUCGCCCCUGAGGCCGUCGAGGUGGCGGCUGGCUGGGGGACCGUUGUGGCCGACAAGGAGGCCGAGGUGGAGGUGGAGGGGGAAGGGUUUUGCUUGGCGAGCAGGAGAGGGGCGAGGCAUGCAAUGGAGGAUGCAUAUGGCGUGAUCGCUCAGAAAGUUGGAGGAGAUUCCCAGCUGGCAUUCUACGGUGUGUACGACGGACACGGCGGCCGCGCAGCGGUGGACUUCGUCUCCGACCACCUCGGCAAGAACGUGGUCGCUGCUGUGCUGGCCACGACGACGGAGGAGGCGCUGGAAGCAGAGCCGUCGUCGUGGUCGACGACGGAUGCUGUCUCGGCGGCCAUCAGAGCCGCCUACUUGGCCACCGACAGCGAGCUCGUCAAGCAGGGCCUCAGAGGUGGCUCAUGUGCCGCAACGGCGCUGGUCAAGGACGGCGACAUCUACGUGGCGAACCUCGGCGACUGCCGCGCCGUCAUGUGCCGCGACGGCGUGGCGACUGCCGUGACCUCCGACCACACCGCCGCGAGGGAGGACGAGAGGUCCCGCAUCGAGAGCUCGGGUGGCUACGUGAGCUGCGGCAGCAACGGCGUGUGGAGGGUGCAGGACUGCCUGGCCGUGUCGCGGGCGUUCGGCGACGCCGACCUCAAGCGGUGGGUGAUCUCCGAGCCAGAGAUCCGGAGGCUUCCCCUCACCGCCGGCUGCGAGUUCCUCGUCCUCGCCUCCGACGGCCUCUGGAACAAGGUGUCCAACCAGGAGGCCGUGGACGCCGUCUCGAGGAGCAGCGCCGGUCGUGACUCCACAGGGUGCUGCAAGGAGCUUGUGGACAUGGCGCGGUGUAGAGGGAGCAGGGAUGACAUCACCGUCAUGGUGGUCGACCUCAAGAGGUUCAUGAUAUAGCACUAUAGCACGACGAAUGAACCAGACGGAGACAGCAGAUACUCGCAACAUUUUUGGGAACAAGGGCAGAGCUCUGCAAAUCGUCGAGGAAGAACGUGGGCACCCGUCGGAUAAUUAGCAUUUUUAGGAACCGAAUCCUGGUGAGCGAGGACAAUAAUCCUGCUGACCGGCCUCGGAUCUUCGGGGCAGAGUACGCAGAGAAGGGUGUCACGGAAAAGGUUGGACUAACAAAUCAAAGCUGACGAGGGAGAGAUGAAGACGGGGAUGGUGAACUGUAGAGAGCUCCUAAAUUUAUCACCUGUACAUAUGCACAUGUUUGGUUUUUCGUUCAGGGGCAAUUUUAUAUCUCCAAUGUCUUUUUGUCCCUGUAUAUGUACGUGUAUCACCUGCAUGCUUGUGCUAAAACGAAAUCCAUGGUGUGGACACACUGCAACUGCAGAAGAA